UCAUAACAAACGGCAGUAGUGUGACGUUUUCCUCGAUUGCACAUAGACGUGUGUUAUCAAAUUAUCGUUCACUUCGCAAAAGUUGUAUGUAACUUCAGACGAUCGUUUCGUAGCAAGUUAUUUAUAAUUUGCAAAAUUGUGCGUUAUCGGUUGUGAUACUCGAGCCCGCGCUGUGAUCAGUGUGUUAUAAUAACAAAGUCGCAUUCGAGAUAACCUGUUUCUUAAUUCUUGGAAGCGUGCAUGCUGAGUUCGAGACGAGACCUUGAUAACUAGUUCCUUGGACGAAUGAAGAGACAGUUAUUAUAGGAUCAUGCUCGAGGAGGUACGUCUUUAGUUUACGUAUUGCAAACUCGACCGUGCGUGUUUAUGAGAAUAGUUUCGUUUGGUGCGUCCAAAGUUCGAUUCCAGGGCUCGAAAUCGGUUUAGUGCAAAUCGGGUAGUGAAAUGACGUUAUAACUAAUGUGUGUAACGGAGGCACCGCAGUGAGGUGUCCGGAGGAGCUACGUUCGUAGGAACGUGCGAUGGACAUCAGCGGAGAGGGCGCUCUGCCGGUAGAGCGGAAUGACGGCGAACAGCCCGCCAACCUGAAUAUUAGCGAUGUCAUCGACGCGAUCUCGCGCGCGGACCCGUUGUUCGGCGCGGGCCCCAUGAGCGCCGAGGCGAUGCCGCGCCAGCUCGCCCCGCUGCCGGGGCAGCCCUACGUGCGCAUCGUCGAGCAGCCCGCCGGGAAAGCCCUAAGGUUCAGAUACGAGUGCGAAGGGCGGUCGGCGGGCUCGAUCCCGGGCGCGAACUCCACGCCCGAGCGGCGCUCGUUCCCCACCAUCGAGAUCUGCGGCCACAAAGGGCCCGCCAUCAUCGUGGUGUCCUGCGUCACCAGGGAAGCUCCUUACAAACCUCACCCACACAACCUAGUCGGCAGAGAGAAAUGCGACGAAGGCGUGUGCACAGUGAAGACCACCAUCACGGAGGACAACCCGCAGGUGUCCUUCAGCAACCUGGGCAUCCAGUGCGUCAAGCGGAAAGACAUCGCCAACGCGCUCAAGACCAGGGAGCGGUUGCGGGUUGACCCCUUCAAGACCGGCUUCAACCACCGGAACCAACCGCAAAGCAUCGACCUGAAUGCCGUGCGGCUGUGCUUCCAGGUGUUCAUACAAGACGAACGCACCAACCGCGUGCGUCACUCCCUUCCACCUGUAGUGUCUGAUAUCAUCUACGACAAGAAGGCGCUCAGUGACCUCAUCAUCACGCGCAUCAGCCAUUGCUCCGGCUCUGCUAAGGGCGACACGGAGGUCAUCCUGCUCUGUGAGAGGGUGACGAAAGAGGACGUCAUGGUGGUGUUCUUCCAGAAGGAGGGUGACAGGACGGUGUGGGAGGCCAACGCCAACGUGGUGCUGGUGCAUCGCCAGUACGCGGUGGUGUUCCAGACGCCACCCUAUCGCAACCCCAAUGAACAGAACCAUGUUCAGGUGUACCUACAACUGAAGAGAACAUCAGACAACGCCCGGAGCAACGCGAUCCCCUUCGAAUACAUCCCCAGCAACCUAGGUGCGGAACAUUAUUUAGGGCCUAAGAAACGGAAACCGUUAUCGUCGUCUCUCUUGACGUACGAAGAAAGAGGGGCUUAUGGUGGCGAUCCUAUCAAACCCGAACCGAUAGGUAUGACGCCACCACACCAGACGAGUCCGCGGAGCGUUUUCUCGCCAUCCUAUGAACAGGAACAGGACAACUCCUACCAGCAAUGGCAAAUGCCAGCGCUGAACUUACCGGGGGCGAGUCACAUGGGUUACAACCAGGACAUGCAGUGGCAGCAAACCUACACCCACCUGCCACAGCUGUCUCCCGGCCUGCAGCCGUCAAACCUGCCCAGCAUGGCAUCGAACAUGCAGCCCAUGCCCAACUAUCUGCAACAGAACACUCUGCAGCCCAUACAAUCCAUUUCCCCCAACAUGCAGAUGUCUCAGAUGUCCCCAAUGGGGCAAGUCAUGUCUCCGGUGGGCGGAAUAUCCCCGAUGACGCACGGAGGGAUGUCCCCGAGUAUGGGGCCCGUGUCCCCCAACAUGGGGCACGUGUCUCCUGCCAUGGGGCACGUUUCUCCCGCCAUGGGGCACAUCUCUCCUAACCCAAUGCAACAACAACAGUUGCCGCAACAGGAGCUGAUGGAAGCGUCGUCGGCGACCGACACGCCCUCCAUCACCGGCCUCCUCAUGGAGCGCGGGGAGGGGUACCAGCUCACAUCUGGAGAGCUCUCCGGCCUCUCCUCGCUGCUGGACGCGCGCGGCCCCGACCUCAGCGACAGCCUCAACAGACUUUCCACAAGCGACCUGUUGCAUUGAUCAGGCCAUGGUCUUAAGGGGGGUUUGUUCGUAGUGCGCUCCAAACAAACGCAGUUUGACUCUCAUUUGAAUACUAACAAAUCGAACUCAAUGUGUGGAUACGUUCUUAGAACUAUGUCCGUGGUUUUCCAGAUUUCCGAUAAAAUAUUCAGUUUCAGAGCCACGCGGUCUCAAGAAUUUACAUAUCUUUGAACCUGUUUUUACGAAAUUCUAGCAAACUACGACGUGGAUACGACGAGAUUAUCUAAAACGCGUCUACAAAAAAAAAAUCGAGUUUGAUUGGUUAGUAUUAAAAUUACGUUUGUGUGAGCGAGUGAUGGAGAAACCGCCUGUCAAGCAUCGGCAGUACUGCUUAUAGCUGAUAACAGCAAACGUGUGAAACGUGUGAAUGUUUCAGGCUGAAGUGAAUACACUUGACUAAAAGCAAAACUUAAAUAACAUGACUAAAGUGACUCUUAGAAGUAGUUGCAAGUGAAACCACAUAAUUAUCGUUACAGGACCUUUUCAGGUUCCAUGUUUGAUGUUUCUCAAACAGGUGCGAAAUGCAACUCGAAAUAUCGAUCGAUAAACUAGACACCCUUGGGUUCCCUGAUAUUGGAGGUAGAAUAGCGAUUAAAUACGUUAUUUUGCCGACAGCGACAGCCGAAUUAAAGUACCGGUCGGAGCAUCCUAUAUGCAUCCUAUUGGCCUUAACUCCAUAUAACUGUUAACCAGUCUCUAGUCUUUUCGCACCUUUUUGGGAGACCUAGUUAAUUAAUUCUUAGGAGAUCAUAUUGUACAUUUUAGUGAUGUAUCAUAAUAUUACGUCAUAGACAAACAUUUCGAUCUUUAGAAUACUUUACUUUAUUAUAAAUAGGAAUUAGAAUAAAAUGUGAUCUUGAAUGAAAUUUAAAGGAAUUUAUUAAAAAUAAACACAAAGGUUUUCACUAAGCUUGGCUAAUACAGGAUUGGGAAUGUAAAGUUUUUAAAUAAGUAAAUAAAAAAGAUAGUUCUUUGUUUAACACGAUAGCAAAGUUUGUUUUUGUUGUAAGUACCUAGUGCGAGUUGCGAGUGCCUAAUUUGGAUCCCAAGUGAGUAAAGAAUUCCCGAGUUUAGUGACUGAUUCAAAGGCACAAGAAACAAAAUCUUUGCUAUCGCGUGAUACAUACAACUUUCACCUCAAUAGCGAAAACAACCACAGACAUUAGCCACAAGUUCCAAUUAAAUUAGAAUAUACCUACGAAAUUAUUUUAGUCAUAUCUUCGCUCAGCGAAUAAGUUCAUUGUUAUGCCCAAAAAUUUCUUUUUAAAUUGUGCGAUCAUUCAGAACAGCAAGUGGCAAUAAAUUAAGCCUUUAUAGCUAAGUUGGAAAUGUUAGGGCCACGCAGACACGAUGCUUUUAGAAACAGCGAAUGGCAUUUAGUUGCUGUUCGAAAACUCAUAUGAUUCACUUCACUCAUACAAUUUCCUGUCGCAACGAUCAAAUCGAUUUUAUUUAUUUUUCAAUACAGCGAUCAAACGCAAACAGUUGACAAAUCGCGAUGCAGCAUCGAUGCAGUCACAAAAUCGCUGGUUGCUGGUGCUAAAGCAUUGUGUCUGCUGGGACCCUUAAUUAUGCUAUUUAAAAGCCGAUUCACACCAAGCACGUACACGUGACACGCGUAGUGACGCGCGUUAGUGCGUAAACAUAACUGCACGCAUUACGUCUAUGCGAACGUUCACGCCACGGAAGCGGUAUGCCAUGUCUCAUACAGUUCCAUACAUUACAACGCAAUGGCACGCGCUACGUCUACGCAUACGCGGCCUGUGUGACUGGCUCUUUAGUCUGACGAUAGAAUUCCAGUACCAUUUCUACUGGUUUAGAAAUGACUAUUAGGAAUUUAAACUUUCUAUGACGAUCACUAAUGUUACAAAAAAUAAUUUAUAACAAUCGAAGACUCAUAUUAUGAGAAAAUACAAAAAAAGAUAGUCAUGUAAAAUAUUAAUAAUUUUUAUAUUUACAUAGCACCUAUGAAUGUGUAAGUAAAAUAAAAAGCUUAUAAAGUUCAAGUUGUUCUUGUUUAUUCGUUUUUGCUCUAUUUUCUCCAAAUCAACAACUGUUUCAAAUCAUUAUAAAUAAUACCUACUUACCUAAAUAUCAGAAAGAGCAGUGACCUAUUUAUUUUUGAUCACAGACAGAAAUAUAUGUGUGCCUAGAAAUGUUAUAAGUUGAAUAUUAUGAGAUUUAAAAUUUUUGUGAGAUUUAUAAAGAUAUCUUUUUAAUAAUUGUUUAACUUGUGAUUAGUUUUUAUUGUUAUGUAAGUGUAGAAAAUACGGUUAUGAUUUGUUACCAAAUAAUGAGGGUUUCUGUUUUACAAAAUAUUUUUGUCAUACCUUUUUUUGUCUACUUCCCUUUUCUUCCAUGACAUUUAAAAUAAGCAUAUUAUGUUAAAAACUUGGUUAAAAAUAAUAUAUUUUCUUGUCUGUGGCAGCGAUAUCUAAAUUGUUUGCAUGCAUAUACCAUACGUAUCAAUCUAGUUACCGUCAACAAUCUUACAAUAAUUUUGGGUGUCAACUUUUGUAUUGAAAUAAAAUUUCAGUGAAAAAUGGUGAAAAUCUAUUAAAUUUAUAUACUUAAAACAUCACACGAUAAUUUACGUUGACGUGCAAUAAAUAAGUACGCAUUUAAUGUGAUAAGUUAUAGUUGUUGUCAUAUUUUAAAAACUUGAAAAAAUACAUAUUUGACAAUA